GCGUUUUGCUUUGAAGUCAUGCGCUUCCGUGCCAGCAACAGCUGAUCGCGUUUGGAGACCUGAGCUUGGAUCUCUGACCUCAUAUCUAUGCGAGGCGGGGGAAUACGAAAGUAUUUGGAGACGUCUUGAUAUCUAGACAUCUUUCUCUCCCGUGUCUAGACUGUAAGAAAUGAAGUUUGCAAGAUACCUUGAAGAGACUCAGGUUCCAGAAUGGAAGAAAGCAUACAUAGAUUAUCGCGGACUCAAGAAACGCAUUACAGCCAUCCGAAAAGCCAAAGAAAACAGACCGGCAUCACCCAUCAUAGACUCACAGAUCGUGACGACGCAUUCUGCGGCCGCUGGCGACUUGCAGCCUGCAGCUUCUCCGACAUCUUUCGGCGAUUUCAAAGAUGAGGUCAUGAUACAGCACGAAGUCAUGCCUGAUGCUUUAGAUAGUCCGAUCGAAAUUCCUUCCCCAGUUGCGAUCUGUGGUCGAACACGGUUUGAAAACAGUCCCUGCGAUUCAAGUUCUACUCAUGGUGAAGUUGAUCCUUCCACCACACAAGCUCGCUCAUUCUCACAUCCACCGAUUCACGAAACGGAGAUGACUCAACGUCCGGAACACCCUAGAGUGAAUACUCUCAACAUAGGGAUUCUCCCGAGACUACGAAGGCGAAGUAUAGCUCGGGCUCCUGGCUCGUUGCGACGAACAAACCGAGGUAGGUGGGAGCUCGCAAGGAGUACGAGCGUGAGUUGGGACAUGGAGAAGAACAUACCUAUGAUGGAGCUUCUGCCUGCGUUGAAUACUGUUCAAAAAGCAUUCUUUGAAAAGUUAGAUGCGCAAUUGGAUAAGGUCGAGACCUUCUAUGUGGGGCGAGAGAAGGAGAUGAAGACGAGGGUAAAUACACUGAAGAUACAGUUACAAGAACUCAAAGACCAUAGACGUUUAUACCAUGAAGCGCAACAGCACAGUUCAUGGCUUCCAAUCAAAAUCCCUCUUAUUCACAAUACAGCCCCUCUAUCAGCCAGUCGCACCCCAUCGAUCUCUAACCCUCGCAAACGCCGUCGUUACAAAGCAGAUGACAGCACCUCACCUAAGGGAAAGGAGUCUUAUAAUGACUCCCGCGUCGACGUCAAUAAGCAGCUUGAGGAAGACGUGGAACACUUGACUAACGGCGAGAGCAGUGGAGAGUCAGGUACGGCGAAGAGGGUGAAGGGCAGACAAAGAAAUGGAAAUAUGAAUACGAAUGGGCAGUUGGACUUGCAGCUAAAAAUGCUAUCGAGGCUUGGAGAUCCUCAACAACUACCGGCUCUCAAGAAGUUUGAGAAGGUCGCCAAGAUUCCCGCGCAGCAAGCAUACACGGUGGAAAAAAUCGAACCGAAUGCGUUCGCCUCCUCCGCAGUUGUGCAGGGAAUGCUCAAGGAACUAGAAAACCUAUAUGCGGCUCGUUUCACACACGGCGACAAGAAACGUGCAGUACAACGACUACGUGGGGGCAUCGAUCAUCGAAACCACCACUUCGGUACUUUCCGCUCGGGGUUGUUCCUCGGUCUCGCUAUUCCAGCACUAGUGGAUGGGUUAUACCUCAGCUUCCAACCUGAUACUCGCGAAGCCAUCCCCGCAUGGGACGGAUUGCUCUUUGUGUAUUCAAUCUUCCUUGUACCAGUUGUGUUUGCACUUCUCGUCGGCCUUAACCUCCAGGUCUGGGCUGCGUCGCGUAUCAACUACGUCUUCAUCUUCGAACUGGAUCUCAGAACAAAACUUGACCAUCGAGAAUACUACGAAAUGCCUGCUUUUCUGUUCAGCACGCUUUGCUAUGCCUUCUGGUUAUCUUUCGCUCGUAUUGGUUCCCAUACAGUCUCACCCACGAUAUGGCCUCUCCUUUGGCUCUUAUUAGCUGCCCUCUACGUGAUAAAUCCGCUCCCCUUGUCAUUCAAGGCGUCAAGGUGGUGGCUUGUGAGGAACGUCGGUCGACUAUUGACAUCAGGAACGCAUCGUGUUGAGUUCACGGACUUCUGGAUGGGAGAUCAAUUCUGCAGUCUGGUGUUCACAUUAUCCAACCUUUACUUUGUGGCAUGCGCAUAUAGCGGUGGCCUGGAUGUCGAUUGGCAACGCUGCACAUCGAAGAAUCAGCACUGGGGUGUGCCCUUCGUCCUGGCUGCGUUACCUCUCCUUGUUCGUACGGUGCAAAGUAUCAAACGUUGGUUUGACUCAAGGUUGAUAACGCAUCUGAUCAACGGCGGGAAGUAUGCUACGGGUAUUCUCUACUACCUAUUCUACUUCAACUGGAGACAUCAAGGUGGUGCUGAUCGUGGUGGAAGCUUCGUUGUAUGGUGUUUGUUCGGGACGCUUUAUUCAGUUUAUGCCGCUGCUUGGGAUUUGCUGAUGGAUUGGUCCCUAUUGCGUCCACAUGUUAACCCGCUCCUUCUUCGUCCGGAAUUACUGUACCGAAAUGUCGUACCUGUGUACUACUUCGCCAUCAUUACGAACGUCUUGAUUAGGUUUAUUUGGAUAUUCUAUAUUCCUGAGAAGGGCCCGGACUUUCUCAUCCGUACUUUCAUUGCCGGUAUGCUAGAAGCUCUCCGCCGAUGGCAAUGGAAUUUCUUCCGUCUUGAGAACGAGCAUCUUGGUAACGUGGAUCAGUACCGCGUUACACGAGAGGUUCCCCUCCCUUAUUCGUUCGACGAUGCUGUCCUGGACUCUGAUGAUGAGGAUGAGCGGAAGAGCCAAUCAAAUAGGCCAUGGCGAAAGGCACAGAAGGCGCGUGCGAAUGGAGAAGAUGAGGAUAGCAGCGAUCAGACCCAACAUGAUUAGGUAGGAUCCGAGCAUAAUCCGAUCACAACUUACUCUCUUACUCUCUUACUCCGGUUAUUUCCCUUGCGGGGCUUCCAUUGGUGGACAUUCUAGUACCAUAUACAGUAUAUCUGGUACACCAUAUAGACAUUCAGAAUGAGAAUCAGUCCUUGAUGAACCGAAGCCAUGGACAGGAGCUAUGUGCGAGAAUUGCGUCACUUCAUCGAUGCGGCCAUCUGUUCCAACUCCCGGGCGAUCAAAGAGUUCGGACAUGACCUUCGCAGUUGUCUGGUAACGCAAGCUUCUCCAUCCUCCAUUCACCACACUCAACGUAGAGAUCCGCACGAGUAUUAGCAUCACACCGCGGGACGUAGUUGGCCGCCUCUUUUGCAUGACCCUUGCGGAUAAGAUGGCGAACAAAAGGUUGAUAUCCAAUAGGACUCCGUCUUGACCGAGCGAAGGCAUCCAGGGCCUCAAAAUCGCGAGUUUCCGUUAAUGCAUGCAAUUUCACAUACCAGAAGCUGUAGAAUUACGAAAUGUCAAUGAUGAGAAUCGCAUGAGAACACACGGCACACGCACCGUUUGUCGGGGACCUUGAAAUCCGACCUUACCUUGUCGGCCCGCUUGGCCAUUCCGUUGAUCAGUAGAGUUCUGAGAGUUUCGUUUACACUGAGCCCGAAGAAAGCUAUCUUUCCAUCAGCUUCCUUUUCAAGUUGUUGCUG